AUGAUCAAUUGUGAAAAAGAAGAUGACAGAUGUAUGUGUCUUGCCAUUGAAUGUCCACGUGUCUAUAACUAUUCCGUGACUCUAAAGGAAGAAUGCUGGAUGGAAGAAUGUUUCAUCAGUAAAAGAGCCUUGAAUCAUUCUACACUUCUACAGGUCACAGUUGGAUAUAUUACAAUUUUGAUAGUUGGUUUGCUUGGAAAUAUUCUAGCAAUUUCCGUACUUCGACGUCAUCCUCUUAUGAAAACUCAUAGCAGUGUGUACAUUAUAAAUCUUGCCAUAGCCGAUCUAAUCACGCUAUGUGUCGGUCUUCCAUUUGAGUUGAUUAUGAACUGGAGUCAGUAUCCAUGGCCAUUCCCGGAUAUCUUCUGCAAUCUGAAAGCAUUAAUUGCUGAGGCUACAAAUUAUGCGUCCAUAAUGAUAAUUUUGUUGUUUUCUAUUGAACGAUAUAUUGCAGUGUGUCAUCCUUUUUUAUUUGUAAAAAUCAAAUCGAUACGACAGAAUGUGAACAUAGCUAUAUGCCUUGUAUGGAUCAUCGCAGCAUUAUUUGCCUCACCAUUCGGUUUUUAUCAUAGAGCCGAUUAUAUCCUGAAAGAUUGGCCAGGAACAGAUAACAAAGUCCCGGUCUACUCUUCUAAGAUGUGUAUGGUUGCAGUUAUAUUUGAUCGUACUUCUUUGCCGAUGUACAGGGUGAUAUUCCAUUUUUCUGCGCUUAUGUUCUUUGCCAUUCCUAUUUCAAUUAUUCUUGUGCUUCAUAUUUUGAUUGCCAUCCGCGUGAGAUCAUCUCGAAAAGACAUCAACAGAUCAGAUAGUGCUGACGAAGGGAAAUUGAGGUUAACAAUAAUUUUAACAAGUAUCGUCUGUGCUUUGUUCGUAUGUCAUUUACCAUUCCAAUUUCAACGUUUGUUAUUUUUUUAUUUGGAAAAUGAGGAAGCAGUUUCAUCGCUGAAUCAAUACCUAUUUUUCAUAUCAGGUUUUCUCUUUUAUUUGGCACCUAUAAUUAAUCCAAUACUGUACAAUGUGGUAUCGUCACGAUUCCGUAAAGCUUCUAAGGAUAUGCUUGUGGGAAUAUUUAGCCCGUCUAAUUUACCUCAAAAUUCAACAAUGUACCGAUAUUCUUCAGCUAAUAACGUCGCAUCAAAUCGUGUUGAUCUUCAUCAAUGUGUUGGUGUGACACGAAGUAAUCAAUUUGUGUAA